GGUGCGGUGUUCGUUCGUCGUUGUCGUAGUCGUUCUCUUUCCGGUUUUUUUUUUGCGUACACACCCAACAAAUACACAUAAAUUGACACACACACACAACCACUUAUAUACAAACACACACACACACAUACAUGCGUCCUCAAAUAAAUAUUAGGAGUUAAAAAAUUUAAGUGUUCUGCCGUGCAAAGUGCGAUCGCUGUUCGUUAUUAAAUGUAUAUUAUAUAUAUAUAUAUAUAUACAUAAUAUUUUAAAUGUUGUCGAUUUUUUCUUCAUAUUUUUUCAUUUGAGAGUGUUAAACUUAGAUUAUUAUUAUUAUUGUUGUAAUACUAUUUUUUCACCCGUUCUGAUGUGGUGUGCGAAUGUUUAACGACGUCGCGGUCGCAGUUUUCGUCAUCCUCCCGAGUACAACGCAUAAACAUAGUGGAGGAUUGACGUCGCUGGUCGUAUUAUUGGACGCAAAUAGCAGAGUCGGCGGCGGUUGUGGAAGGGCUGUCGACGCGAUGUUCGUCGUGAGGGUCGGCUGUUACUGUUAGCGUUGUCGCCGCCGCCGUCGCCGUCAGCCGCUCGGGCAGCGGUGGUGACGGCGAUCAUGGUGCCGCCGUGGUGGCUGCUGGUGGCGUUCGUGUUUGGUGGCGUCAGCGCCGCGCUCACGUCCAGCCGGGUGGUGCGCACCAAAUAUGGCGACGUGAGUGGCGUGAUAGUGACGCCCGACAACCGGCGGCUGGACGCGGUCGAGGUGUUCCGCGGCGUGCCUUAYGCCUCGCCACCGGUCGGAUCGCUUCGGUUCAUGCCGCCGGUCACCGGUUCGCUGUGGUCCGGCGUCAAAGUGGCCGACCGGUUCGGGCCGGUGUGCCCGCAGCGACUGCCCAACGUGUCCGACGAGACGGCAGCUCUGAAAACGAUGGCCCGCGGCCGCAUGCAGUACUUGCGCCGGCUAUUGCCCUACCUGCACAACCAGAGCGAGGACUGUCUGUACUUGAACAUCUACGCCCCUGCCCAAGUGAAUUUUGGAAGUUCGGAUAAAAUAGCACCGAAGCCUGUUCUCGUGUUCAUACAUGGCGAAUCGUACGAGUGGAAUUCGGGGAAUCCAUACGAUGGUACAGUUUUGGCAAGCUAUGGUGGUCUAGUCGUAGUCACCAUAAAUUACAGACUAGGAAUAUUGGGUUUUUUAAAUCUCAACUCCAAUCAGCACCUCAAGUCACCGUCCAACUAUGGUCUUAUGGACCAAAUAGCAGCUCUGCACUGGAUACAGGAGAAUAUAGCUGUGUUUGGUGGUGACCCUAGUAACGUAACAUUAAUGGGUCAUGGAACCGGGGCCGCUUGCGUCGGUUUCUUGAUGGCAUCGUCUGCGGUACCAGAUGUGUUAUUCCAUCGRGCCAUACUGCUCAGUGGUUCUCCACUAAGUCCUCUAUCUCUGGUCAGAGACCCUGUGUACUACGGUCAUCAAGUGGCCAAAUUGGUCAACUGUUCGCCUGACUUACAACACUUACACCUGCUCAACUGUCUGCGUGACGCACCACUGGAUCAGUUGUUGAACGCACAGCUCCAAGUACCCGAGUUCACCACUGCGUUUGGGCCCAGCGUGGAUGGGGUUAUUAUCGACGUUGGUACUGCUGCGGAGUUUAAGGUUGUUUCUAUUCAUAUAAUCAUUGCAUACUUUGCUCUAUUGGUACUCAUUUACCACUACAGACCGACUGACGGUCAAGAUAAUGGACCCGGUAGACCUCCAGAGGAUCCAAAGGAAUUGGUUUUGGCUAACGGAUUCGGGCCAGCUAUUCUUACUAAUCCGUCGGCCCGGCAACGGUUGCUUUCCAGGUUGUCUAGAUUCGAUCUGAUGUUGGGCGUAGUGCGGGCCGAAUCGUUUUUCGCAUUUACCGGCGACGAUGUCCAAUACGGUAUAGAAGCCGAUCGGAGGACUAAAAUUCUUAAGACUUACGUCAAAAACACGUACAAGUACCAUUUGACGGAAAUAUUGGCGACCAUCGUAAAUGAAUACACCGACUGGGACAGACCGGUACAACAUCCGGUGAACAUCAGAGACGAGACUUUGGAAGCCCUGUCCGACGCCCAAGUCGUAGCACCCGUGAUCAACACGGCAGAUCUCCAUUCAGCCAAUCGCAGGAACUCGUAUUUAUUCGUGUUCGAUUACCAGACGAAGUACGGGGAUUAUCAACAAAGACAAGGAUGUAUCCACGGUGAAGAACUGCCAUACAUAUUCGGUGCACCACUGGUAGGGGGAUUGAUGCAUUUUCCGAAGAAUUACACCAAGUCAGAAGUCCUGCUUUCCGAGGCUGCGGUUAUUUACUGGAGCAAUUUUGCACGGACGGGUAAUCCGAAUGAGCCGCAGGACCAGGACAUGUUACACAAACAAGAACACGGCCGGUUUAAGAAUAUCGAAUGGACUGCAUACGAAACCGUACAUAAAAAAUAUUUGAGUUUAGAUACGAAGCCCAAAUUGAAAAGCCAUUACCGRGCCCAUAGACUGUCCUUUUGGUUGAAUUUAGUUCCUGAGCUGCACAAACCCGGCGACGAUGUACCUUAUUAUCAUCACAUGUUCCAAUCCGAUCUACGCGGAAUGACGUUUAAACCCGUAAGUGGCCCGUCAAUUUAUUUUUAUAAAGACCAUUGGAAUAAAAACACCCUNGCCCAUAGACUGUCCUUUUGGUUGAAUUUAGUUCCUGAGCUGCACAAACCCGGCGACGAUGUACCUUAUUAUCAUCACAUGUUCCAAUCCGAUCUACGCGGAAUGACGUUUAAACCCGGUUCCGAGAGGUCGACUAACAGACCAGCUCCGGACGUGUACUACCGAGGUUCCGGCCAGCCACCGGCCAUAAUGCAACAGCCCACGACAGGAAAUAAGACCACUUCCGGGUCGUCCGACGGCGGGACGGGCAAUGGGACGAACGUGCUACAGCCUCCACCGGUCGUGGUGGCGUCUUCCUCKUCUUCGGAUCGCGGAGAUGGUGACAAUGAAGAAGGCAUUGGUGGUAGUGGAGGCCGGCAGCUCAAAAACGGGCCAAGUGGCGAAAAAGAUGAUGGCGAAGGCGGCAGUCGAUCAUCUUUGGGUACCGACGGCCAGGAUGACUUAAAUGGUGGUGGAGGUGGAGGCGGCACUGCGUAUCAGACGUUUCCGCUGGCCUUAGCAGUGGCCAUAGGCAUUGGCUGUUCCCUAUUGUUUCUCAAUAUAAUGAUUUUUGCUGUAAUCUACUGCAACAAGUCAGCCGGUUGGGGUGGCAGGCGGGGCAGCAGCACUAGCAGCCGGCGGACUUCCGGUGCUGGAGGAGAUGCUGAGAACUUGCAGCAACAGCAAGACGACCGGAUCAGGAAGAUCAAAAAGCGUCCUGAGAACGGAGGUCCGAUGACUAAUUUGUGUUCUACAGGAGGAGCCACUGAGCUGUUGCAAAUGAUGGAGACGCGGCCGGUGACGCAACACCUGCAGCAGCAGCACCAGCACCAACAACCACACUCAAUACUAAAGAAACCUCCAGUUCCUGUAACCGCUGUGGUCACCCCGAACGGUCCGCAGCCCCCGACCGACCAGGGCAGUGUGCCCAGGAGCACCGCGCAACCGCCACCCGCCGAAUUCGCCGACCAGUGCUAUCACCCGGGCGGCAGCAUCGUGGGCAUCGGAGCCUCGUCCACGCUACCCCGACCACCACCUCCGCCUAAGUGCCCGCGGCCGGAUCACCAUCACCAUCACCACGGCGGCAGCGGCGGCCAUCACCACCAACAGCACCUUCACGGGACCAUCAGGAGACACGCGGCGGCCUCGUCCACGCUGCCGGCCUGCACGUGCUCCGGCCCRGUGGCCGGUGGCGCCGGUGCCGCGCAACCACCGCUGCAACACCAGCAUCACCCGCACGCGUCUUCGUCCAGCCUGGCCGUGGACGCGGCCACGGAGCCGUGCACCAAGGGGACGGCCAUUGAGGAGCUGCACGUGUGACAGUCGAACCGCGGCCACCGUCGGUCGUCCGACACGGAAAUCGACCGGUUGGCCAACGACCUGACCAGGAUAUGCGACCAGCUCCGUGAGUCGUCUGGCGCCGGUGGCGAUGGUGACGGAGGCGGUGGCGGCGGCGGCAGCGGCAGCGACUUGUUCUACUUAUGACAUAACUUAACGUUCGACGCGUUGCAAUUCCGUGUGAAAAAGCACACACGAAACGACACCCACUAAGGAUGUCUCUGUACAUAAUAUUAUUACAUAAUAUGUAACUGAUAAUGUUAAUGACGUUAUACUAUAUUAUAUAAUAUCUUGAAAAUAAAAAUAAUAAAUGUUUCCUCGGUGCAUUCCCCAUGAUGGAUUUCUCCGUAAGAACACCCCUCUCCUAUUCAUACCCCCCUCACCAUCCACUCCCUUAUCCACCAACUUACUUACGUCUAUACCGUUGGAAUUAUUAUUAUAACUAUUGUUUGUUCGAUACGGUUCAUUAUUGUUCAAUCGGUUUUAUGUUCACUUGAAAUGUUGUUAGUGUUAAUUUUAUCAUUAUUGUUAUUAUGUCUGUCGUUAAUAAUAUUUUAGUUACCAAUAAUUAUAUUGAAAUUAUGUUAUAAUAAUUACUGUUGUUUUACACACGUUGCGCUCUGAUGCGUUUUGAAUGAAAUCUUCGUUUUCCAAUGACAAUAAUAUUCGACCCGACGAUAUCUUAUCACUGAAUGGUACAUGCAAUUAUUAUUAUCAUUAUUAUUAAUAUUGUAUCCAUCAAAAGUAAAUAAAUAGGCUCUAAUUAAACGGAAACAUCGUCAAUAAUAUCACGCAUCUACCACGGUARACGAAUAUUAUACGACAUCAGUAGGUAUACAUAUGGCCUCCAACGUGCUGUCAAAACAAAUCUUAAAAUGCUCGUAAAGCUAAAAGCGUGUUGUAUUUCUCCACAAUUGAUAAAUAUUAAAAAAGCCUUAUCUCGAAGUCGGUCAUGAUACAAGUUUUAUCGACAUUAAUUAGUGAUCGUUCUUAUCAUCGUCAAAGACCCAAGAUUUUAGUAUUCUGUUAUGUUACACGUAAAUAUAGGGUGUAACAGUUCGAAAUAGAGUUUAUAAUGUUAUAUGAAUAAACAGUCGUCCGAAUUCCGUGUUUCCCAACACGAUUAGAUUKUAACUUUACCAAAAGUAUACACUUUCGAAAUUUUAAAAUUCAAUUCGAUGACGGCUAGUUUAAACGAUUUCAUACAAAAUACGUCCAAGGUAGAAAACUAGAAACUAAAAAAAAAAAUCAAAAUAAGAGAAAAACUGUGUGCCGGAAUAAAGUUUUUACAAACUGUAUGUGGCCAAACCUGGUACAGAUUUUACUUUUUGUUAAAAGUUUACCGACACGAGACAGAAACAAACAAAUAAUUUAUUUUAUUUGGAUCUUGUUAUUAUGCAUAYCGAAAAAGUUUAAAAACAAAUAAAUAAAAUGAAAAGAUGAUUCGCCCCGAACCGAUGUAAAUUUAGUUCUCUUUAACUGGAUACGAUAUAUAUAAUAAAGUAAUACGAUAGAUUACAGUGUUGUUAUACGUGCACAGUAUAUCAUAAUUUUUUGUCGGAAUAAAGAUGUCAUUGGAAAAAGGAAAACRCUUAYACCCGAGUCGAAUAUUGCUCACAAUAACCGUGAAAUAUUGAUUAAAUAUUAUUUAAAUAAUAAUUUAUAUUAUUAAAUUAAAUAUUAAACGUGUGUAUUGAUGUUGUAACGAUAAAAUGCAUUAGAAAAAUAUACUAUGUAAAAGAGGUACUGCCACAAUUAAUGGUCUACACAUGUAAUCCCAAUAAGUCCCCUAUUGAAGUCAAUUGCGACCAAAAAAUAAAUAAAUACACACAAUUAUAAUACUGUAAUAUUGAUAUUGAUGUUCCGCCGGAAGGCCGAUGAGUUUCGGGUCACUAGCUAGAUAGAAAAAGUUGUUAUUAUUGUUGAUGUUUUCAAAAUAUUGAAUUAUUUAGUGCAAUAUUAUUAAAACUUAAACACUGCGCGAGAUGAUUUUAAAAAUUGUAAAGACAACACCUGAUCCAUGUCGGAAGACGAGGACAGAGAAAUAUUUUAUAAUAAUAUAUUGACAAUGUAUUUAUUUAACCACGUCGCUACAUUGAUCGUAACAUUUCGAGAUAUGGUUUUAUAUUACAACGGUAUCAACAAAAUUAUUGCCAUAAUAUAAUGAAUUAUUGAUUUUUAGGACAAUUUUAUACAGUUUUUUUUUUUUUUUUUUGAAAAAAAAGCAGUACAACCUCUUUCCUAUUCAAAGCUUAUGGUAUUAUAAUAAAUUAUAAAAAUACCAUACAUUCUYCGACGCAAAACCUUUUAUCAUGGAUCGGUUUUUCAUUCUGCUUCUCGAAAACGUCUAUAAAUCAUUUGAGAUCGCAAUACCAUAUUUAAUAAUAUUUAAUAAAACUAUAGCCAUAUGGUAGAUAAUGUGUACUAAAUAGUACGAUAGUGUUAUUGUUUAAGCUUACCGGUCAACCGCGGAACGACAUAUAACAUAUUAUUAUUAUUAUUAUUAUUAUCAUGUUAAUUUGUUGUAAUAUGGUACCUAUUAUAAAUACGAGUUACCAAAACUUCAUAAUAAAAUCAAACGAUAUUUUGUGUGCUCGCCAA